AUGCCAGCCGCCCGAGGCGCGUUGGACAAGGAAAGAGGAGAGAAGAAGAAGAAGAAGAAGAAGAAGAAGAAGAAGAAGAAGAAGAAGAAGAAGAAGAAGAAGAAGAAGAAGAAGUUCACUCUCACUACUUCACUCUCACUACUUCACUACACAGCAUCGCACUGUAAAAGAGGCAAAGCAAUGCGGUUGCUGUCAGCCUUGGAUGACUUGUCUAAGUGGGAGCGAGUCUGCUAUGCACAACCUCGCAAUCAUGCACAUGUUGCCAUGUAG